AUGGCUUCUCCAAGGUUAGAAACCUACUGCUGCCCAAACAGGGAUGCAGCCACACAGCUGGUGAUGCACUUCCAGCCUGAAGUCUUCUGUGGAGUCUGCAUUGGCAGUGCCUCCAUCAGCCUGCUACUGACCAUCCUGCAGCUCCUGCCAAAGAAGGGACAGAGCCCACGGAAGAUGCCCAAAGCCUCCUCCUCCUCCACCAUCCUUCUCCUUAUCUCCAUUUGUGAUAUCCUCGGGGGUGUAGGUAUAAUCUUCAGGUCAAGUGUAUGGCUGGGCUUCCCAGGCUUCAUAGCCAACAUUUCUGUGUUGAACGGGACUGACGUGUGGCCUUCCACUUUCUGCGUGGGGAGCGCGAUGUGGAUCCAGCUGUUAUAUAGUGCUGGCUUCUGGUGGUUGUUUUGCUAUGCUGUUGAUUCUUACUUGGUGGUGAGAAGAUCAGCUGGACUGAGUACAAUUGUGCUGUACCACAUGAUGACCUGGGGCCUGGCAGUGAUGCUCUGUGUGGAGGGGAUUGCUCUGCUUUACUACCCCUCUCUCUCCAGCUGUGAAAAUGGCUUGGAACAUGCAAUCCCACAUUACAUCACAACCUAUGCCCCACUCCUGCUAGUGCUUGUGGCCAACCCAAUCCUGUUUAGGAGGACAGUAUCAGCAGUUGCCUCCUUACUGAAAGGGAGACAAGGAAUUUACACAGAGAAUGAAAGACGUCUGGGGACAGAGAUCCAGAUGCGCUUCUUCAAAAUUAUGCUGGUAUUUGUCAUUUGCUGGUCAUCCAACAUCAUCAACGAGACCCUUCUGUUCUACCUCGAAAUGCAGCCAGACAUCAAUGAAAUGCCCCUGAAAAACAUCAGGAGUGCUGCACUGAUCACCUGGAUCAUCAUGGGGGUUCUUAAUCCCAUGCAGGGCUUUCUCUUCACAUUGGCUUUCUAUGGCUGGACAGGAUGGAGAGUGGACCUGAAAUGGAGAAAGAGAGAAAUACCCUGGGAAUCUAUGUCCUCAUCAACUGUGGGGGAAAAUGCCUAUCCCUCCCCAGUGAACUACCAAAGCAACAUCCACGACUCCAAGAAGAUCUCGACCACUGACAGCCAGCAGACGGACGAGGCCAUCAGCAUGUUGUCUGAAGGUAACACCAGCAGUGACGAGAGGUUAACCAGGAGCUCUCCCAUCUACCAGGGCUGGUAGUUCCUGUGUGCACAGCUGGAUCUAACUUUUCCUGGAUCUAACUUUUCACAUUGUCAAUACUCACAAAACCACGUCAACAUGUGAAUCAUUGUGUACUCUGGAAUUAGGUUUGUGCUCGGUGGCUUGAUGUCAUUUCCUGUAAUUUGUGACACUGUGUGAGAGUGUGUGAGACAGAGAUAUGGUCAAUGUCUCCA